GUAGCCUGCAGGGUGGCCCAUGCCAUGCGCACGCGUCCCCUCCCAGCCGCUCUACCGAGAGACCACCAUGAUUUGAUUCUCUCUCCCCCGACUAUGAUAUCAGCUGUGCGCUCCACACAGCGAAGCCCGGAGGCGAAAAGGGGACCGAGCAAGGCGGCUCCCGGACCGCCCGUCGAUCCUCCCCUCUCAUUCGGCAGCCCCCCUCGCAUCCUCCGAAAUCCCCCAUUCCCCGGUUCGUUCCUAGGUUCUCAUGAGCAUGGAGGUGCUACAUGAUACAACAGGGAAGAAGGAAGCGGUUGUGUACUAUAUGGAUGCCCCCUUGCCAUAUGCAAUUGAAGAGAAUUUCGGGGGAUGCUUCUUUGAAGAUGAUGUUGAUCUUGCACAAGUUCUUCAAGAUCAGGAAAUAGUGUAUCAAUUAAUCCAAGGAAAUGAUGGAAGUGGUUUAUCCAGGACUCAUUCAGAUCCUGGUUCUAGUUGUGGCCAUCCACAAAAAUCGAGUGGGCGAAGAUUAACAAGAGGCGCAAAUUAUGAGUCACAGCUAGCUGUCGAUGAAGCUUUAGCUAGAGACUUGCAGGCGAUGGAGGACCAAAUUGCUAGGGCAACGAUAGAUGACAAGAAGAGAAAAGAAGACACCUGUUUAGGAAGAAAGCCCGUAAGUUCUUCAACAUCCAACAAUGGCAAUACUUCUGUGAGCAGAUCUUCUCAGGUAUUAACGGAGGAUGAAGUUGAUCCUGAUAAUAUGACUUAUGAGGAACUACAACAAUUAGGGGAAACUAUUGGGACUGAAAGUAAAGGGUUGCCAGAAGAUGUGAUAGCUCUCCUUAAGUCUUCAACAUACAAAGUUGGGAUAUUCUCAAGAAAGGAAAAACAUGAUGAAUGUGUGAUAUGCUGUAUGGCUUACAAGAACCGCGAUAAGCUGACUACAUUGCCCUGUCAGCAUCAGUACCAUCGAACUUGUGUUGCCAAAUGGUUGAAGAUCAACAAGGUAUGCCCCGUUUGCAACAAGGAGGUUUUUGGGUCGUGACAGCGAAGACCGUAGAUUCACCCGACGUCCAAUGUCAACAUGCUUCAGAAACGCUGUCACUUACGCAGGCAGGCCGCGAAAGAGGCAAACUGGAUGUAGUCUUUAGUUAUCGUAUAAGAUGAACUGGAGCUUCUGUUGCAUCGCCAGCAAAAUAAAGAAGGCAGAUGCUCGUGUUGAGUUUAGCACUUUAGCUGUUAUGUGACUUGGAGUAAUGUAUUUCCCACGGGUUUCAAGCUUGGCGCCUUUCUGUAUUGCACCAUACUGUAGAUUGUGUGUAGUCGUGACCUAUUCCCUCAAAAAAGAAAAAGGGUAGUGGUGACCGUUGGCAUGCUUCC